AUGGCUUCUAACCGUGUGGCUUCUGAGCCUAGCGGCAAUGGCCAGCGAGAAAUUAGAUCCUCUCUUCGACCAACGCCCACUAAUGGGGACAAAGAAAGCGAGGAUGAAAACCCCCACGUCACUCCCCCGGAGACGCUGGCUGCCGUCGUUGUAGCUGCUGCUGCGCCCGCGACUACGCCUACCGACGAGCUGCCCACUGUUGAGACUAUCGAAGAUGUCGCCGAACACACACGCGAGAACACGCGUGAGGCCGUCCAGCUUGCCCGUCCCCAGGCCGCCGCGCCAGGCAAUGGAGAAGGAAGCAGCUCGUCACGUACCCGUCACCAUCGUGACUGCAUUGUCUCCCGCACAGUGAACCGUCAUCCACCCUACCUGCCAGAGGCUCCCCACCCCCUGCUCGGACAAGUCUGGAUCGAUCACAUUGAUUCCAUGCUAGGCGUGCGCACCGAGCGUCAAACCGAAGACAUGCAGUAUUGCAUUGAGCACACGGCCCGGAUCCUUAACUUAGCCAACAACAUGUUGAGGCAGCAGAGGGAGCUCUUGGCGGAUCUGAGACACAUCAAUACCGACGAAUACCACACUGACUCUUCCAGCGAGCUCACUGAACUUACCGAACUUAUGAACUUCAGUGAUCUUCUGGCGAUGAGCGAUGAGGAUAAGAAUGAUGGCGAAGGUGAUGACGAUGGUACUGCUGCCAAUGGACGCAGUACUGUGUAUGAUUAG